CCAGCAUUCGCCAACUGCAUUCAGUUGAGCGAAAUAAAGCCUUCAGCUAUUCCGCACCAACCAGUUUUCCGAAUCAACAAACCAAUCUUUAACAUUCACAAUGGCUGCCGAAACAAUCCCCACACUCCACUACUUUGAUCUCGGUACACUCGGCCGUGGUGAAGUCAUACGCCUUUUCUUACGAGAUGCUGGCAUUGAAUUCAAGGAUAUCCGGCACCGAUAUGGCACAUGGUCCGUUGAAAGUGACAAAUUCAAGCAGCAAGGCAUCACCCGAACCGGCAAGUUGCCUGCCCUUAUCAUAAACGGCACCAUCUUAAAUCAACAUGUUCCUAUUUUGCGAUAUCUGUCUCGAGACCUUGGCCGCUAUGACGGCGAGACAAACCAUAAGAAAUUCCAGGUAGAUGCUGUGGCUGACAAUUAUAUCGACUGGAGGGCCCAAUGGGUGGCAAACAUUGGGAAUCCCUCAGACGAUUACAAGAACAAAUUUCUUCCCAUGUAUUAUGCCGCCGUUGCAAAGUACUACUCUGAGAACAACGGCCCCUAUCUCCUUGGGGAUAAAAUAACCUAUGCCGACUUCGCUGUCUACCAAUCAGUCGACAACGAUGAGCGAAUAGGAGCUCUGCCGACCGAACUACCCGCAGAGAUUGUAAAACUUCGAGAAGCCAUUGAGGGGCGACCAAAUAUUGCAGCUUAUAUUAAAGAGAACCGCCCUAACAAGGCAUAAGAUGUCAAACAAUCAGAGUUUCAUGACCUUGGCAUUUUGUUUGAAUAAAUGCCCUUUGGAUAAACAGGGUGGUGCAAUACUUAUUUCUCUCAUUAGCCAUGAGUAUCACCCUACUGGUUAAACUGGAAAGACCAUAUGUACCUAUUGAUAGGAAAUGAAAUUCGUAUCAUACAAUGAUCUCUAAAUCUGGGCAAUUUGGAAGGCUGUAGGUUUGCUUCGUCCACAGUUCCUGGAUCACCUUCCUAGGUUGACGUGUAAAAGGUCGCUCAUCGCUCAG